AUGGACGCCGAAAGCGAAAGUUUGCUCGAAAUUAUCCAACAAUAUUUUCAUGCAGGACACACAUAUGACGUUAUAGUCGACAUGUUGUCAACUAUUCACGGCAUUGGCAUGAGCGUUCGAACGCUGAAGACCUGCUUGAAAGAAGCUGGCUUCUUUAGACGCCGUAACUACUCCCCAAUAUUCGAGGUGAGGCGUGCAAUUCUGACCGAGCUUGAUGGACCAGGGCAACUAUUCGGAUAUCGGACUAUGUGGCAAGUCCUACAACAGAAACUUGGACUUCGUGUAAAACGUGACGUGGUAAUGAGGUUGCUCAGACAACUGAGCCCACAACGGACGGCUCUGAGGAGACGCAGGAGGUUCACACGGCGUACCUAUCACUCCAUGGGUCCAAACUAUAUAUGGCAUGUCGAUGGAUACGAUAAACUCAAACCAUUUGGCCUGGCUCUCUCUGGAUGCAUAGAUGGAUUUUCACGAAGAAUCAUGUGGCUUGUUUGUGGACCGUCAAACAACAAUCCAUCUGUCAUCGCUCACAACUACAUAAACUGCGUCAGGACUAUUGGUGUUGUUCCAAUGCGAUUACGAACUGACCUCGGAACAGAAAACGGAACAAUGGCAGCAAUACAAUGCACCCUCCGCCAUGGGCAUACGGACUAUUAUGCAGGCUUGUCCAGCCACAGUUACGGCUCAUCAACAGGGAAUCAGCGCAUCGAGUCGUGGUGGUCUUUUUUCAGAAGAGGAAGGUUGGUAAAUCUAUCAUUGAAAGGUGAAAUGUUUAUUGGUAACUGUAUAGUGAUCGACUGUGUUUGUCCACUGUUGAUUUUUCACUCCCAUGUCUGUCAUUGUGAGUAUUCACAUUAAAUAACAAACAGCUUUGCAUUAGCUUUAAUUCAGUGUUUCAAAUGUGUUCUUCAACUUUUUCAUAUGAAUACAAAGUGCAUAGAAAUGUUUCUACCGCCAAAAUGCAAUUAUAUCAGUGGCUGAAUACGUUUCCAGUCUGAUUUGUUCUGUGUGAAGUAAGUAACUUCAUGUCUAAUGUAUCCCCAGGUCUCAGUUUUGGAUGGACCUUUUUGGAGACCUGAGAGACUCUGGAUUUUUCAAUGGCAGCCACGAACACCAGUGUUUGCUGAGAUUUUGCUUCAGUAAAGUCCUUCAGAAAGACCUGGAUGAAUGCGUGGACCUGUGGAAUAAGCACCGGAUUCGUCCAAGCAGACCAGCAUCAUGUCCAGGAGGGAUCCCAAAUGAACUAUAUCUCUUGCCCCACAGGUAGUAAAGGUUUACAUCAGUGGUUCUCUCUAGUGGUCCUCUCCUCUCCUAUUCGUUCCUCUUCUUCCUCCAUGCUCUCCUCUCUCUCUCCUCUGCUUAUUCAAGGAGCAAAAGUUAGUACAAUCUUGUAUUUAGAGGCUCAGUCUCUGCGAUUGUUGAUAAAUGUUUCUGUGUAUCAUCUUUUUUUUCAGAUUUGGUUCAAGGGACUGUGGAUUAUUUGUUGAAGAUGCAGAGCUGGAUGUGUUUCCCGAGGCAAGACAAGAGAUUGAUUUUUACAGUGAUGCAGACAUUGAGGAAUACCUACAACAGGCUGUGGAACAAAACAGACUACAACAGCCACAAGACUGGAGGACAGCCUCAGACCUUUACACCACUCUGAAGCAAAUAGCUGGGCUGUAG